UGGUGAUGUUGCUGCUUCCUUCGACAUUUCUCGUUCCCUGAAUCCCGCCAACGUGUUGCCAAAAUGUCUUACUACGACAUUGACUCUAUUCUUACCGAUGCCGAGAAAAUCCCCUGCACCUUCCAGCUCGAUGUCCCGGAUCUGGGCUACCUUGACAACACUCCGACGCAACCGUUAAAGAGCGGCACGAAAGUCGGCCUACCGCUCUGGCUCGCCGAGAUGCUCGCCAUCGCGAACACUGGUGACGUCGAGGGCAAGUCCUUCGUCUCGUUUGACCUUCCACGAGCACUGGGAAACGACGUCCUCCAAGCGCUUAAGGCCGACCCUCGCGCUGUGCCCUUACGGGACCAGAGCGCACAUUUUUACGCACUGGCUACACGCAUGAUGGAGCUGUCGGAGGAACAGGAAUUGCCAGCCGUCCUACGCAGAACGUUUGUUACCCGCGCGUCCGAGAUUGCGCUGCAUGCCCGCAAAGUAGGCGGUGUUGGGCACAGCAAAGGCAAAGGCGCGGCUGAAGAGGGGAGCAAUCUUGGUAUUGGCGGUGCCGGGGACGAGUUCUUGAGGGGCCUGGACGAAUGGGAAAGGAAUUUGUUCCGCAAGGCCCAUGAUGGGGCAAAAGCUGGCAAGGAGUGGAUGGAAGGGGUCAAGAAGCAUUGAGCUGCUUGCACCAUCUGGCGCUCUAGCCACGGUGCUGCAGCCGCUUUUGGGGGUGUUCCGCCGCCAGGCUUGCCCUCCGAAAGAGCACCAGCAACGACGACCGACCUCGCUCCCAUGCGCGAAGCGGCGGUCCGACAGGCCUCCUGAGAAACUCGGGGAUUCGGACCGCCCAAAACCUUUGCAGGCAACGCUCGCGGGGCCUGGGGUAUCUCCACACGUUGGACACCGAACCCAGGUCUUAACCUGGAAGCUCUUGCCUGGCUUCCAACAAACAGCAGCAACGCCCACCGGAGG